GUUGGAGUGUCUGGUUAAGUAUCGUUGAAGAAGUGGCACAAAUUUUGAAGGCAGAAGAAAAAGUUUCCCAUCAAACAAAUUUUGGUUAACUUCUUAAUAGAUUUAAACUAAGCAAAAAAGAUGGCCAUGCCCGUCUGUACGCGAUUUUCUGAUAAUUACGACAUCAAGGAAGAAUUGGGAAAAGGAGCAUUUUCCAUUGUCAAACGUUGCGUUCAAAAGUCAAGUGGUCUUGAAUUCGCAGCGAAAAUCAUCAACACCAAAAAGUUAACAUCGCGAGACUUCCAAAAGUUGGAACGAGAGGCGCGAGUAUGUCGAAAACUUCAGCACCCGAACAUCGUCCGCUUGCACGACAGCAUACAAGAAGAGAAUUAUCACUACCUGAUAUUUGACCUCGUGACUGGAGAAAAAAAGAUGGCCAUGCCCGUCUGUACGCGAUUUUCUGAUAAUUACGACAUCAAGGAAGAAUUGGGAAAAGGAGCAUUUUCCAUUGUCAAACGUUGCGUUCAAAAGUCAAGUGGUCUUGAAUUCGCAGCGAAAAUCAUCAACACCAAAAAGUUAACAUCGCGAGACUUCCAAAAGUUGGAACGAGAGGCGCGAGUAUGUCGAAAACUUCAGCACCCGAACAUCGUCCGCUUGCACGACAGCAUACAAGAAGAGAAUUAUCACUACCUGAUAUUUGACCUCGUGACUGGAGGUGAACUGUUUGAAGAUAUUGUGGCUCGUGAAUUCUAUUCCGAAGCAGAUGCUUCACAAUGCAUUCAACAGAUUCUCGAAUCAGUUCAACAUUGUCAUCAACAUGGAGUUGUGCAUAGAGACUUGAAGCCAGAGAAUCUUUUAUUAGCUAGUAAAAUGAAAGGUGCUGCCGUGAAGUUGGCCGAUUUCGGGUUGGCGAUUGAGUUGCAAGGCGAUCAGCAAGCGUGGUUUGGAUUUGCCGGCACGCCAGGCUACUUGUCGCCAGAAGUACUGAAGAAGGAACCAUACGGAAAGCCCGUCGACAUUUGGGCAUGCGGCGUGAUUCUUUACAUUCUACUGGUUGGUUAUCCACCUUUCUGGGAUGAAGAUCAACACAAGUUGUACGCACAAAUCAAGGCUGGAACUUAUGACCCCGAGUGGGACACAGUCACAUCUGAGGCCAAAAAUUUGAUCAAUCAAAUGUUGACUGUGAACCCACACAAACGAAUCACCGCAUCAGAAGCUCUCAAACAUCCUUGGAUAUCUCAACGUGAACGUGUCGCAUCAGCAAUUCAUCGUCAAGAGACUGUCGAUUGUCUGAAGAAAUUCAACGCUCGUCGGAAACUUAAGGGAGCGAUUCUCACGACAAUGCUCGCCACGAGAAACUUUUCGAGCAAAAGCGUCAUCGCCAAGGCUAAGGAGUCAUCAGACGAGAAGGUAAAAGAAUCAUCGGACUCAUCAAAUAACAUCGAAGAAGAUGAUGGCAUUCGAUUACGACGACAAGAGAUAAUCAGAGUGACAGAACAGCUGAUCGAAACGAUCAACAGUGGCGACUUUAAUGGCUACACUAAAAUCUGCGAUUCACACUUGACUGCUUUUGAGCCGGAAUCGAUGGGAAAUUUGGUUGAAGGAAUGGAUUUCCAUAAAUUUUAUUUCGAGAAUGGUAAGAAGAUGAACAAUGGAGAAGUGUCGCAAUCUAACGGAAAGAUUCUUUCAGUAUUGGGUAAGAAUUAUCGCGCCAUCAACACUACGAUUCUGAAUCCGCACGUUCAUCUUCUCGGUGAUGAAACCGCAUGCAUUGCUUACGUUCGAUUGACACAACUCGUGGACAAACAAGGAAUUGCUCACUCACAUCAAUCUGAAGAGACUCGUGUCUGGCAAAAGCGUGAUGGUAAAUGGCAAAAUAUUCACAUUCAUCGAAGCUUCCCUGUGAACCAGACUGGCAAUGUUCAAUUUGACCCCAGUAAAUGAAAUUAAUUUGACGAGCAUUCGAAACGUUUACGAUAAAACUCUCAAAACCCAUUUUUGAUGCUACUUUAGGCAAAAAGAUAACUAAAAAGCUUUGAAAUAUUUGAUUGAUUUUUAAGGAAGAGCUAACAAAAGGUUUAUUCCGGUUUUAAGAAAAUUUUGAGAUUUUUCUCUCUCGCCCCAUGAACAUAAAGAUUGUGAACAUUUAAAGAUUGAAAAUUAUUCGAGAUAAAUCUGAUAAAACAUUUUUUUUGCUUGUUGUCCGGAACUUUACAUUACGAUAAACAUCGUGACUUUUGAAAAGACAUGGAAAUCAAGUGUAGUGUUAUUGCGUCAUUUACAAUGACAAAAUUUAAAUCAAUUUCUAUCAAAAAAAAAAAGACAAAGAAAAAGACGAAGGAAAGAGAAAAAAAUUCAGUCUUGAUAAAAUAUAUUUAAAGUUAAUUAGCACGUAAGAAGAUUAAUGAACUUAACAAAAUGAAUGAAUUAAAAAAAGAGAAAAAGAAACAAAACCAGAAUCUGAAAGAUGACAAGAAACAUUAUUUAAAUGAAGAUUUCCAGGUACUGCCAUAUUUAAUGAGACAAAGAUUUUUAUGUAAAUUUGAUGAUGAUAAUGAUGAUGAUGAUAAUGAAGAACGAUUAAAGGUUUAUUCAAAAUAACAAAAUCAGAUUCAAUGAAAUAUUACAAAAUAUUUAAGCUUGAAAAGUCACAAACACACACACACAGAUACAUUUAGCUAGGAAGCUCUUUCUUUAAUGAAAAAAAAUUUGUAAUGUUUAUAUGGAAACUCUUGUAUUUACGAUAGAGUUAAUUCUUGAAAUUUUAAAUUAUCGAUCGCAAUUUCAUAAAGUUUCAUCAUUUUUCCAAGAUGGUAUAAAAUUCCGCUAAAUUUUACGCAAUUUACUUAUAAAAUAUUCCAAAUGGAUUGAUGAAAUUUUCAUUAAAAUUUACACAUUUCGUUAUUUAAAGAUCAAAGCAUUACGAAAAGAACAAAAACAUUUAUGGGUUGAAUGUGUACGAGAAGAUUUUGAAUAUUUGAAUAAUUUGUGAAAAAUGAAACGUGAAAAUUCAUGUAAAAACAGCAGAAAUUUUUCUGUUUACUCAAAUGUUUGUUGAAUUUCUUUUUUUUUCAUUCGCUUUUAAUUAACCAAGCAAAACAAACAACAUACAAAUCAAGAAAACAAUUUAAACGAGAUAAAAAAUUAAGUAAAAAAAUCAGUCUCAAUCUACUUAUUAAAAUGAGCUUAAAUAAAUUUUUGAAUCUCAAGGCUAUAGCUAAGCUCCCUUAAAAAUAAAUCCCUUAAAUUAACUAUGGAAUUUUAAGUUAUAAAAAUAUAUUUCCUUCCGAAUUAAAAGAAAUUUCUCUUUAUCAGGCCUAUUGAAAAGUAACAUUUUUGAUCUUUCUCGCUCUUAAAUAAAUACAGCCUAAAAUUCCAUUCUUUUUGUAUAAAAAGUAAAUUACUUAAACUCCCUCAACAUGACAAGAAAUAAAGAAAAAAAGUUUUAAAAAGAUGAAAAUGAAAAUA